CAGCUGGUGGUACCUUAGGCACACAUGGCCGAACUGUGCCAACAGCAUUUCCAUGACCACAUUGCGAUAGUAACAUUCUGUUUAUUCUGAACCUCUGUUAGGGUGCUACUGAAAACAGAGAUGGAAGCAAGUGGAGAUUUGGCCAAUGCCAAUACUUCUUCAGAAGAUCCCAAAAUUGGCAGGAGCAGUUCUACACAGGAGAAGCUUGCCCAAGCAAAGGCCAAAUCCAAAAGGGUCAGAUCUGUGUCAAUCUCUGAGCCUCAGCCCACAAGGUCUCAGCCUAAGUUGUCCAAGAACAGCAGAAGAUCACGAGGUGGUCUGGGGAGGGGACUUCCGAAGAAAGGUGGCGCCGGUGGCAAGGGCGUCUGGGGCAAACCGGGCUCCGAGCUGGAGGACCCCGGCUCGGCCGUCGACUCGCGCGACCCCAACUAUGACUCGGACUCAAUGGACGACCACGUGCAGCUGGAGCCGGUCCCGGUCGAGCUGAGCGCGGACGAGAUUAAGAAGCUGGCCGAGGGCCUGGUGCUCGAGUACUUCGACCACGGCGACACUGGUGAGGUGGAUGGUGCGCUGACCGACAACUGGGACAGCAUCAACAUGCACCUUCGCUACCUGAUCGUAGUGACUAUGAUCGAGGUGGCCAUGGACCACAAGGCGUCCCACCGCGAGCUGACUUCGGUCCUGCUCUCUGACCUGUACCAGGAGUGUCUGACGCAGACGGACAUCUCCAGAGGGUUCGAGGCUCUGCUGGGCUCGUUGUCCGACUUGGUGCUGGACUGUCCCGAGGCGCCCACCGUCCUCGGCAACUUCCUGGCGCGCGCCGUGGCCGACGACUGCCUGCCGCCCAAGUACCUGACCAGCCACAAGGGCAAGGUCGAGUGUCGUCUGGCCGUGCAGGCGCUGGACCGGGCGGACGUGCUGGUCAACAUGCGGCAGGGCAUGGUGCGGCUGGACAGCGUGUGGGGCGUGGGCGGCGCCCGCCGGCCCGUCCGCUCGCUGGUCAAGCAGAUGACGCUGCUGCUGGAGGAGUUCCUCACGUCCGGCGACACUGAGGAGGCCAUCAGAUGUCUGAAGGACCUGGAGGUGCCGCACUUUCACCACGAGCUGGUGUACGAGGCUGUCACCAUGGCUAUCGAGCGCUCUGACGACAAGUCCAUCGCGGAGAUGGUGCGCCUGCUGAAGGCCAUGUCUGACGCCUGCGUGCUCAGCCCCAACCAGAUGGACGAGGGAUUCGCCCGCGUCUACGAGAACAUCCCAGACAUCCAGCUGGACGUGCCGAACGGCCACGCGCUCAUGGAGAAAAUCGUGACGCUGGCCUUCCAGGGCGACAUCAUCUCGUCCGACACCAAGAGGAAGAUGCCGGCCAGGGGUCGGAAGCGGUUCGUGUCGGAGGGAGACGGCGGCCGCAUUAAGGAGCGCGGCGACGUUUUCCCGCUGGCGUACUGAGCGGCAUCGCGCACGGGGCUCGUCCACCGAGCCCCGCACUGUCUGAUACGGGUGGCGAAACGGCUCCACCGCCUCCUCCUUCCCUGCUCCCCUGAGCGGGGGAGCCGGCGGCGGUGCCUCCUCCUGCUCCCCUGAG